CCUUUAUACCAUCUCCUCAGCUCCUGGCGGCGUUGACUCACUUCUGGCGAGUACUUGCUUAAGCUUUCUCCAUCUCACUCGAUCUCGAUCUCUCUCCAUCUCUCUCAAUCUCAAGUUCGUUCUCCAUCACGAGCCCUUCAUCUCAAGCUCUCUCUUCUCCUCCGACGCAGACCACCACGAGCUAUCUCCGACAGACCCAUCUCAACCCAUCUCCGAAGUCUCUCUCUGUGAG